AUGAGGCACCCCCAACACCAAGCGCCUCCUUUUGCCACAUGCUGGGGCCACCCCACGCUGCCUUCCUGUUCCUCAGUUCCUCAGCUCAGAGGCGAGGCGUGGCUUGCCUUGCCCCGUCCCUCAGGUUCCGGGCACCGCAGCCAGCCAGGUUCUCUCCGCCCCUGCCGCGGCCUGCUGUGGAAAAAGCGGCUCCGCCUCCUGCCCGGCCUCCUUCCGGCUUCCCGCAGCCCGAGGCCGCCGCGACGACUGUGGGUGCCACCUCGCUUCGUCUCGCCUGCCGCCAUGGCGCUCCUGCAUUCCUUCGCCGGCAGCCGCCUCCUCCUCCUCCCGCCCCCCUGCUUGGCUUCUCUCGCGGCCAGAGCCAGUUCCUGGUGGUCUCAUGUGGAGAUGGGGCCCCCUGAUCCUAUUCUGGGAGUGACCGAAGCCUUCAAGCGAGACACCAACAGUAAGAAGAUGAACCUGGGAGUUGGGGCUUACCGAGACGACAACGGAAAGCCAUACGUCUUGAAUUGUGUCCGCAAAGCAGAAGCCGAGAUAGCUGCGAAGAAGUUGGACAAGGAAUACUUGCCCAUUGCUGGUCUGGCAGAGUUCAACAAGGCAUCAGCUGAGCUGGCUUUGGGGGAAACAAAUGAGGUUAUUCAGAGCGGUCGGUAUGUCACCGUGCAGACAAUUUCUGGAACAGGAUCUUUAAGAAUUGGUGCCAACUUCUUGCAACGAUUCUUCAAGUUCAGCCGUGAUGUGUACCUCCCCAAACCAUCCUGGGGGAAUCACACCCCCAUCUUCAGAGAUGCUGGGAUGCAACUGCAAAGCUACCGGUACUAUGAUCCCAAAACCUGUGGCUUUGACUUCUCUGGAGCCUUGGACGACAUCUCUAAAAUCCCAGAAAAGAGUAUUGUUCUCUUCCAUGCAUGUGCUCACAACCCAACUGGAGUGGACCCUCGGCCAGAGCAGUGGAAGGAGCUGGCAGCAGCGGUGAAGAAAAGGAACCUCUUUGCAUUUUUUGACAUGGCUUACCAAGGCUUUGCCAGUGGGGACAUAAACAGAGAUUCCUGGGCUGUCCGCCACUUCAUUGAACAAGGCAUUAAUGUUGUGCUGUCCCAGUCGUAUGCAAAGAACAUGGGCCUUUAUGGGGAGCGUGUAGGUGCCUUCACGGCGGUUUGCAAGGACUCCGAUGAGGCCAAGAGAGUGGAGUCCCAGCUGAAGAUUCUGAUCCGGCCCAUGUACUCCAACCCUCCCCUCAAUGGGGCUCGGAUAGCCUCCACCAUCCUGAACAGCCCUGGCCUGCGAAAGGAAUGGCUGGCAGAGGUGAAGGGGAUGGCUGAUCGAAUUAUUGGCAUGCGCACCCAACUAGUGGAAAACCUGAAAAAAGAGGGCUCCUCUCAUAACUGGCAGCACAUCACUGACCAGAUCGGCAUGUUCUGCUUCACAGGACUGAAACCUGAACAGGUGGAGCGGCUAACCAAGGAGUUCUCCAUCUACAUGACCAAGGAUGGACGCAUCUCCGUCGCAGGGGUCACUUCUGGCAAUGUGGCUUACCUGGCCCACGCCAUCCACCAAGUGUCCAAGUAAACCCAAGAACUGAGUUGGAUGGACGGACUGGGAGGCCUUCCUUGCAGCGUUCUUUCGGCACUUUGACUUAUCUGAGGGUGGGGGAGAGAGGAAGAGGUGGUGGCAGCAAGCAAAAUGGUUAUUUCCACAGCAUCUCAGCAACAUUUGGAUGUCUUUCUCUAGUGGCAUUGCUCUUCCCACCAGCACUGCUUGGCUCUAAACAAGGUCUGUGGAAGCGUGUUCUGCUCCUACCUUCAAAAGUAUCCAUGUGCAACUUUACUAAAAAUGGAUCCUUUAGUACUUUUAGAGGUUGUGGUAGAUUUGGUGCAAAUGCUUCAGUGAAUAUUUGCCUGCAAGCAUUGUGUGGUGGCUACAUCAUAGGAUUGGGUAGCAAACCUAUGGCCCUCCAGAUGGUGUUUGGUUACAACUCCCACCAGCCUUGUCCAUUGGCCAUGCUGGCUGGGGCUGAUGGGAGAUGGUGGGCCGGGGGAUUCCCACCCCUGAGCUAGGUUAGGGUGACGAGCCUUUCCCUGCCCUGUGAACGUGGACAGGGAUUUGGGAGUUCCACAGGGCCCUCCUCUUGCAGCGCAAAGGGCUGUGCUUCACAGGAACCAUUCUCCCACAGAAUCCUUCUGCCCACCCCUUCCAAGGAAGGCAAGCUAGGGUGGCAUUUCCUUCCAUUCGCUGGUGCCAGGAAAUAACUCUUGGCUUUCUAGUUCUGCUUUCUCUAAAAGUUAAAAAAAGUGUCGCUUUAAAUUGGCCUGCUGUAAGUGGACCUCAGUCCCUAGCACUGUGCCUCUGGGAACUUGGGUCAUAAAGCUUGAAAGAAGUUGCUUCCUCUUUUUUUUUCUUCCUUGCCAAAAAUCCUUCUCAUUAUUUCCAUGCAUAGACAGUUUGCUGACUCCAGCAGUUUGUUUCAAUAUCAAAUUAAAGGCAGACAAUAGCAUAAUAUUUGAACUGCUCUCUGGCAUCUUUGAUUAGAAUAAGGGAAACGUUAAAUUGUGUUUAAGUUUUGGUCCUAGGCAGCCCUGCUGUGGUCUUGUUCUCUCCUAGAAUCCUUUCUCACGCAAUACUUUGCAGUCCUUAAGUGGGACUAACACUGUUUUAUGAGAAUGGAACAGCUUGCUGGUGCUUCUCCCCCCCCCCCAUCUGAACCAGGAAAUAGAAUUUUGCCUUCUCUAAAAUACUCCCUCAGUGCAGCUUGUCUUUGGCCCGGGUAGCUUCUGCUCUGUUCUUGCAACUCAGGUGUGCUCAGAUCUACCACCUUUGUCAAAAGAUCCACAAAAAUGGAAUGACAGAUGUGUAAGUAGGGCAAGAAUUAAGAAACAGUUACCCCCCACCCUAGCCCAUGCAGGUGCAUGUAAAACAGUUUCAAUGAAAGUCAUUUUCUGUGAAGCAGCCCUGAGAGAAUGUUCUCAUUAUGAAAACACCACUCUUCUCCCUCCCCUCCUCCCCAGGUGACCAAGUGGAAAGGAGAUGGCAGGUUGGCCCUUUGGGGAAAAGGGAGGCAUUCUUCAGCUUUGGCAAUUACCCAAUGGAAACCUCACAGGUAACAUAGUUGAGUCUGUGCUACCUGAAUUUCUCCCUUCCUUUCUGACAGCCAUCAGCUCUUAAGCCCCAUUGUUGUGUUGGCCGAGUGUCAAAGCGAGCCCAUUGUGCAGGGAGGGGCUGAGAGGGCAGCUAGAGCUGUUCCCAUGGCCUGGCCAGUGGGAAGGUCUCAUGCUCGUGACUUGCCUUUGCAUCAAGCGGCCAGAGCAAAACUUGUAGAGGUAGAAAUGAAAGGUGUUCAUCUGUUGAUUUCAAAUACCACUGCCACCACCUGCUACUGCUCCCCUCUCCUGUGGUGUGUGUGCCUGCCCUGUCUGCCGUAACCAAUCCACUUUAAUGGUUAGUUGUGUGUUUCAUUCUACGUGAAUAGCAGAUUUCCUUUUAAAGGCUAAAAAUGAGUUUCCCGUUUGGUCAGCCACUAGAAAGCAGCAGUUAUUCUUGCAGAGGGUUGCAGGGUUUUGCUGUCAUUACUCAGCUGACAGAGUAGAGAACUGCACUUUGCUUAUGUCAACAGCCCUUGUAGUCAUCCUCUUUCAAUUUGUUUGGCAGGACAGCCAAGGCAGCCCAAUUCCCAAAGUCUCAUUUUAUUCUCCAUGCUGCUGCUGUCCACUGAGAGAUAUGAUUAGAAGAUGGUCCUCAUUUUUUGUGUGCUGUGGUUUUAGGCCAAUUUUAGUUGCCUGAUUGCUGUCUCCAACCUCACCUCAAUAGAAAAUCUUAUGCCGUUCAGUAAAAAAUCAUGCUGGCCUUUGUGCACUCGGUCAUUUCAUUUAAAAAAUAAUAAAGCUGGUGUACGUCUGAA